CGGACAUACGAAAAUUGAAUAUACCUCGCUUUGAUUUGAUUGGUCGUUGAAAAGAAAUAGCAUUUGUGAUUGGUUGAAAUAUUAAAACACCCUCGCCACGCACGAUUUCAAACGGUACACACAUCAAAUUUCAAAAGCCACGAAAAUUCAAACACAAUGGAACCCGAAGGUGACUUGAAUAUUCGCGAGGAAAUAUUGCAUAUUUUAAACCAUUUAUCCGAGAUACUUCGACGGCUAUGGCAAACAGACGAAGGGGAAACUAUAUUUAUGAGAUGGAAACCGUUGUUUCUUCGAAAAAAUGGUGAAAAAAAGAGCGUGUUACGAUACGUUAGCAAUAAACUACCAGCUGCCAUUUUCUUCGCCUUUGAUCCGCUAUGGUCCUAUUCAAGAAGUAUUCGGGCGCACAUGAUGACGAGGAAAAGUUUCAUUCGCAAAAUUGCCACGAGACUACCUCUUCAACCCAGCAAACGACCAUAUUUUUAUAUGCUUCAUCAAGCUGGUGUGGGACAACAUGGGAUGAAUUUAAAAAGUGAAAGAUUUAUUCACAGCACGCCAUGUCGUAAUACAUUAAUCACUCCUGAUUGUGACGUAUGGGACAGUAUGGUUGAUGAUCAUGAAGAUACUCGUCAUGUAUCUUUCGCAAUUUCUAAUGAUACUGUGCAGAAAAUCACAGCAUUGGAAGAUGAAUUGAGUCGAUUGAGAGCACAGAUUGCUGGCUUUGUUUUGAAACAAGAUGCAAAUGAUGUUCCUGGUAACAUGGCACCACCACCUCCGCUACCCCCACCUCCUCCACCUGCACCAACUUCCACCAGCAUAGUAGCCACUCCUCAAAAGAACACAGUUGAGAAAAUUUCUGACAACCGUAAGAAUAAAGACAAGGGUGUCCUAAACAUGGCUACGAUACUAAAAGAUUUGAAUCAAGUGAAAUUGAAAGCAGUUGAACGAUCACCUGGGGGUACACCUAUACGUCGAGCCCCGCUUAAAGUGAAGAAAAGUGAUCCAGCAUCUAUUAUCGCCGAUGCUUUGAAAAACAAGUUUGCCAAGUCAAGAAUGGCUACCUACUCACCAGACAAGGAGAACCAAAAUAUGAACAGUCCAGGAAAUUCAUUUAACAACACACCAAGUCCACAGCCGUUAUUCAAAAAACCACUUUCAAACAAGCCAAAUCAAAGAAAUCUUUCACUGGAUGAGGUGAACUCCAUACCAAUGCGUGUUUAAAAUUCUUCUUCGUGCAAUAUUAUUGCGAACAGGAAGGGAAUUCCAUUUUAAUACAUCUACAAAAUCUAGAGCGAUAUCGAGAUUUGGCCAUUUUAUCUUGAUGGUUAAAUAACAGUCUGCAUUUUACGUUGCGCGCCACGCAAGUACGAUGGAAAGUGCGCCUGCGUUAUAACUGUACAUACGUAGCAUAUAAUUUGGCAACUUUUGAUAUAAAUACAAUUGUGCAGUAAAAGAA